AUGUCAACGCCCAGUCCAGAUCUCAGCGAAGCAGCCUCUGCCGCAGCCGAAGACUUCUUCGUCCAAAUCUACGAAUUCUUCGAGCUGAUAAUCACACGCUUCUUCAAAAAUGGCUACGCCUCCAUCGCGCAGAUGAGCGGCAAACGCUGGACAAAAGUCAUCGGCAGCGUGGUUUUCUACCUCAUCAUCCGGCCGUAUAUCGAGAAACUCUUCAAAUGGAUGCAUGAUCGCGACCGUCGCAAGGAGAAGGAAAAGCGCGACAAGGAGAGAGCGCAGUUCGGCAAGGUCAAGAUGACGGCUAACUCGCUGCGGCCUGGUGCGGAUGAUAAGGGGAAGGUGCUUGGGGAGGUGGAGAACACGGAUGAUGAGUUGGAGGAUGAGGAGGAUAUCAUGGCGGCUGCUAGUGGGGUUCCGGAGUGGAAUAAGAUGGCGCGCAGGAGGCAGAAGAAUUAUAUUAAGAGUGUUAAGAAGGAUCAGCGCGCGGAGGAUCUGAGUCGGGAUCAGAUUAUGGAGUUGUUGGAUUGGAGUGAGGAUGAGGUUGUUGAUGAGAAGACUAAGAAGGAGCUGUGA